AUGGAAAAUAAGAGCAAUCAAGACGACCCGCGUUCAAUAGACUACGGUCUACCGCCGGAUAUUGUUUUGGCGACACUGCCGUAUUUGGAGCCGAGAGACAUUAAGAAUCUCUCCCUAACGAAUAAAUACUUCUAUAAGCUCCUGGAUUACGGGGGCUCGAACACACUUUGGCAUGAGCUGUACCGGAAGGCGUUUGGAUAUACACAGACAAAUGAGGAGCCGUUCAGCAGCAAUGGGGCGGAGGGUCUCAGUACGUGCUCGGAGACGGUUCUGGUGACGGCGUUUCCGGACAUGUCUUGGAUGGAGCGGUACAAGGCACGGGAACGGUGCACGCGGCUGUACACGUGGGGCAGCCAGCAGCACGGGCGUCUGGGGUACACGCUGGGGUGCAACCCGAUGGUUUCUGACGAUGUCUUUGACGGCAGAUGGGGGCACCAGCGCGUCGGCAUAAGCAAGCCCACGCUGGUGCCGUGGUUCACGGAAGCAUGCAGAACAGAUAAUGGAGAGCCGGUCCCGGGUCUGCCAGACGUCGCAGAGAUCGACCAGGACGACCGGACCAUAGUCCAGAUGUCUGCGGGGGGUUUUUCUUUCCAACUGCUCACAAAGUCGGGCAAACUAUAUUUCACUGGAAUUACGUACACCGGCGGGCACCCCGGCCCGGGUCCGAAGAAUGAGCGCGAUUACAACUAUUUCCGGAAUAUAGUUUUGGAAAUUGACCAGAACCGUAUUCCUGAUUUGUUUGCGCGGAACGGCAUGUAUAGACACAGAGUUCACAACGCUUGGAGCGAGCCUGUGCCUCAUGAUGAUUUAUACCGCGCUCUUAAUAAGAUGAAAAAGCGCUGCUUGCAACAUAUCCCUGGCAACAGACAUGUGCAACGGUUACUGGCCCGUGAUUCUUUGAGUUUCUACCACGAGGAGUCCGCUUUCGCUAUGAAAGUAGAUCCCAGUUUAUUUGACAAAGUCAAGUUUGUUUCCGUCACAUCAGGCAGAUCACAUAUACUUGCAUUGGAUGAUAACAAUAACCUAUACUCGUGGGACGGGCCGGACAUAGACUAUGGCGUCAGGAUUGUCUUUGAAGGCCUCCCAGUUCGCAAAACCAACCCGCUGCUAAAGAUAGGCUCGGGAUGGGACUUUAACUGCGUGUAUAUAUAUGCCGUGGGGCUUGUGGUUUGGAGCUCGCGCUCCGCAGUUAAAAAGGGAGACACGUUUGCUAAAGCCAAUUAUAACGUUAUACCGGACACCGCGGACAUCAGCGGCACCAAUCGUAUAUCGGAUUAUGCAUGCUGUGCAAACAACGUGGUUUUCUACAUUACUAACAAUGGGCGCAAACUGUGGAUAUACAGUCAUGGCGUUUCAAAAACCGUUGAUUUGCCAUUUGAUGGACGGUUAACGAAGAUUGAGGCAUCUUGCAUGACACUGGUUUUAUGUACCGAGAAUAGCACAUACACCCUGAAGGUGAAUAAUGGUGAUAUCGUCGAGGACUCAUUCAUGAAGAUGAAUUUGGAACAAGGCCAGAAGUUUAUUGCUGUAUCUGCGGGAGACUACCACAACCUAGCUCUAACCGACAAAGGUGAACUCUACUCCUGGGGGCUGGAGAGUGAUAUCUGUGGCUGUCUUGGGCAGGGAGAUCCCGACGAGGCUGUAGAUACCCGCCAAAUAGCGACGUUUGAGUCUGCUCGGAGCAUACGCGUGCUGCAACCGGCCAAGGUUGAACUACCGGCAAAUUCAGUUUGCGUUGCCAUUACUGCCGGAGGCUGGCAUUCGGCUGCACUUAUAAUGCAGAAUCAGAGUACUUGA